UUGGCCGUUUUUCAGUCUCAAAUGAGCGGUGGAAUUUACGGAGGCGAUGAGAUAGGCGCUGUGGUGUUUGAUUUUGGGUCGAACAGCAUACGCGCUGGCUUUGCUGGUGAGGACACCCCGAAAGCUGAUCUUCCAGCUAGCAUUGGCGUACUGCAUGAAGCAUCAGCCGUGGAUACCGAUGAUUCAGUAAAGAAAAUCUCGAAAACAAAAUAUUACAUCGGGACAAACAAAGUGAAGCUUCCAAUUGCGGAUAUGACAGUUACAAAUCUGAUAAAAGACGGUAUGAUUGAGAAUUGGGAACUUUUUGAAAAAGCGUUGGAUCAUCUCUACACCUUUUCGAUCCAAUCUCAAAGUGCGUAUCAUCCCGUUGUGAUGUCUGAGGCUGCCUGGAAUACACGGUCGAAUCGGGAGAAACUAACUGAACUAUUGUUUGAAAAGUAUUCUAUACCUGCCUUCUUUUUAGUCAAAGGUCCAGUUUUAGCUGCUUUUGCCCAUGGGCGAACUUCUGGCGUUGUUUUGGAUAGCGGCGCAGAGCUGACAUCAGCUGUACCAGUUCACGAUGGGUAUGUAUUAAAGAAUGCGAUAAUUCGGAGUCCUCUUGCCGGAGACUUUAUCUCGAGGCAAUGUAAAGAUUAUUUCACUAAUUCCGGAAUCGAUUUAGUUCCAUUAUACUCCGUUGCAUCGAAAGAAGCAGUUUCAGAAGGUUCCGAGCCAAUCUGGAAGAAAAAAUCCAACGUCGAUAGAGUAACGCCCUCUUAUCACGAAUUCAUGUUGAAAGAUUUGAUACAAGAUUUCACAGCCAGUGUUUUGCAAGUAAAUACUGAAUCAACAUAUGACAAAGACUCCAUUUCGCAAAUGCCGCGAGUUUCUUAUGAUUUUCCUAAUGGGUGCAAUGCCUCAUUUGGAGAAGAACGGUUCCGAAUAUCAGAAGGUCUUUUCGAUUCAAACAUGAUCAUUUCGUCAGAAUGCAUCAAAUCUUUAACUUCAGCGAACGUGAAUGUAACAAGCAGUACAUUGACUAUGUGCGAAGCUGUUCAAAAAGCAGUGUCGCUCUGUGACAUUGAUAUUCGAGCUUCUUUGUUUGGAAACGUAAUCGUGACUGGCGGUAAUUCUCUGAUUUUGGGAUUCACGGAGCGAUUGAAUAAAGAUCUCGGCAGCCGAGUUGCAUCAAAUGUCAAACUAAAAGUUGUGUCAAACAGUGGAACCGCUGAGAGGCGUUUUAGCACCUGGGUCGGCGGAUCCAUUCUGGGAAGUCUUGGAAGUUUUCACCAGCUGUGGAUUUCAAAACAAGAGUUUGAAGAAACUGGUAAAUCCAUAGUUGAAAAGAAAUGCCCUUAAACUGAAUGUUUUUCUUUCACUGUUUAUCGUUGCGUUUGUAAGGAAUAGUAAUUGUUGUAGUAAUGUCUAGAUUUUUUGAGGAUAAGUCACUACUUUGUCUUUUGAAGUAUAAUUUAAA